CUACGUCAUUUCAGACAUGCGCAGUAAAUGCUGCCAGCUUUGUUGGGUUGCUACCUGCUACUGCUAACUUGCAAGUAUUUCCUACCUGUGACUGUAGACAACUAUGGACAUCGACGCGUUAUUGGAAGCGUUUCAAGAUUUUGAGAAGAAAGGCAAAAAAGAGACGUGUCCUCUUCUUGAGCAGUUCUUGUGUCAUGUUGCCAAGACAGGACAGCCAGUGAUCCCAUGGUCACACUUUAAAACAUACUUCAUGUUUAAGUUGGAAAAAGUCAUGGAUGAUUUCCACGCCUCAGCACCACAGCAGAGAGGACAACAUAAUCCCAAUGUAGACUAUGUUCCCUUUGAAGAGAUGAAGAAGAGGAUCUUGAAAAUAGUUGAUGGUUACAAUGGAAUCCCAUUCACCAUCCAGCGUCUAUGUGAACUACUUACAGACCCCAAACGCAACUACACAUUAACGGACAAGUUUCUCAUGGGUUUAGAGAAGAACGUAAUGGUGGUCAGCUGUGUUUACCCCACAUCAGAGAAAAAUGGGGCAUCCAGUGUAAACAGAAUGAAUGGAGUGAUGUUUCCUGGUAACUCUUCUCUAUAUUCAGACAGUCGAAAUGUAAAUGGACCGGGCACACCAAAACCGCUCAACAGACCAAAGCAGUCAAGCUGUCAUUCGCUCUCAACCAACGGGCUCCCCGACUGUCCUGUCAAUAAAGAAGCAGAGCCAACCACAGAGCAGGUGGAGGAGCACCGUAUCAGUGAUUCCUUGCCAUCAGAAGGUGAAAUUACACCAAACAUCAGGAUAAAAAACAAACACCCUCAGGAGGAAUAUGAUUCUGAUGCUGACAAGCAUGAGGUCAAGAGGCUCAAGUUUGACGAAAAAGAAGGGGAUCAAACAGAAAGUGAAGAGAAGGACUCACCAUGUUGCAAAGGGUCGGAGAGCUUGUCAGAGACACCAGAGUCUUCAAAAGACUCUUGCGGUCAAGAAUACCAAAGUGGAACAUCUUGUGGCGCUCCUAGUAUUUCAGAGGAUCACGAGCCGAGCAGCACACAGAAAGAACCUUCUGAAAAGGAAGAGGACUCAUCUGAGACGGGGGAUGUCCACAGUUUGGAGAACGACAGCACUGUGGAUCAACCUGAGCAACCCGGUCCAUCAGAAAAGAACACGACAUCGGAACAGGAAAAUGAGGAAAGCAGCAGCAGCAGCAGCAGCAGCAGCAGUGGGAAAGGUCUACCCAGUGAUAAGCAAGUCCCUUCUUCUAGUAAUUCACCUGACUUGUCAACAGAGGGCAGCACUGACAAUUCAAACAGCUCAAAGACUGCAAUAGAGCCUGGGGAACAGGACUAAUUUGAAGCCCAGCCUGCCCCGACAGACUUUGUUUUUUUAACACUGUAUGAUACCACCCCAAGGGUAUAUCUGGAGCACUGUGGACCUCUAGACUUCAGGACCAGGAGCGAUGUGGACUUAGAGAUCCUUCAUAGAAGGGUCUUUGUGUCUUCUUCAGUUUCAACUACUUAAGGCCACAUGUCACCUGGUCUUUAAACUGGAAAGAAGUGAUUUAAAGAAAAUUAUGGAGAUUGCUUUUUUCACUGUUGACUAAAGGUUUUUUCUAAUCUUUUUUUUCUGAAUUUUAUAUUCGAGCAUUAUAAUUUAACCGUCAUAAUUGAUGUGUUCAGUGAUUUCACUAAUCAUUUGGCAUGUAUUUCCAAAAAGAUACACUUGAUGGUUUGAGUUGUGUUUUGGCCUAAGCACACUUGUUUUGAUCUGUUUAAUAAAUGUGUGUCUCUCCAGUUGAACGAGUGACACUUGCCAUUGAGAAUGUGAAGCAGUACUUCAGAGAUGUCUAUUUGCUUUUUUUCUAUAAUGAAGCACAUCCCAUGAAAUGUAUUUCUUAUUAACAUUGCAUUGCACUUGUAUGCAUUGACUGCUUCAAGGAUGUGAAGAAUGUCAUAGUUUUGCUUUGUCACUUAAUUAAGCCAUUACAAACACAAAAUAUUGCCAAUAGUUACAGAAUAUUAAUUUGGCUUAAUGCAGCCAUUUCUGCAUCACACAAGGUACUUUUACAGUUCAUGUAUGUCAUACCUUAGUUGUACUAAUGUCUCUUUUGAUAGUUUGGAUUUUUAAAGUAUGUAUCUGUAAAUCAGUUUUUGUAGACUUGUUAUACAUGUCCACUGCCUUCGUAGAACUGAUGACCGCUGGAAUUUGAAUGCUUGAGCUUGUAUCAUAGUAUUCAUGGAAAGCAAUAAAUGCUAAAAAUGUAAAA